GUGUCCCUGUACGGCCGCAAGGACGACCAGAAGAACAGCAAACAGUUCCUGGUCAUGGCAGGUGGGACACUGGAGAUCCACGGGCAACACAAGCUGGCGUGGACACAGCUCACACAGACAGUUCCGGCAGGGGGCCUUCCUAAGGGAACAUAUAGUUGGGAUUCAGCUAACGGAAGUGGUGGAAGAGGGAUUCACGUGCACGUCAUCGAUGAAAUAUCCGGAGCUGUGGAGGACUGGCAACGCUUCGACACUCAUUUGGACGAAAGCCACAGCCGAAACUUGGCAUCUUUCAUCGAACAAAUACCGUCUGGGAGAGUAGUGGCAUUGCAAGUGGAAGAUUCUGCCGUCAAAAAUUUAGAGGCAACUGCGAUGGAAAAGAUGCGUGAGUUGGGAAGUGUGGAGGUGGACGCCUUGGAAUUCAGGGAUCCUUGGGUGUUUGUAGGUGUGAAGGGAGACCCCAGCCGCGCAGUUGAGCAGAGAAUUCCGUAUUUCGACAAAGAGACCACCCGCACCGCUGCCAUCACAGCUACAUUUGAUGCCUUCUUCGGCUCCUUCGACGUCACUGUCACAAGCGGAUGGCUGGAAGGAAGUGAGCGUUGCACAAUUUCGGUGGAGGGUGCUGGAGGUGAGUACGUCAUCAACCUGAAGGAUGACGUCAGUUCCUGGCAGCCUGGGGACCAUAUCGUGCUGGCCAGCACGGACUACAACAUGGAGCAGGCAGAAGAGUUCCAGCUGCUGCCGUGUCAGGAGUGCUCCAGGCACCAGGUCAAAAUCACCGGACAAAUCAAGUAUAGCCACUUCGGCGAGAUCUCUGAUGAAGUAGACUUGCGGGGAGAGGUCGGUCUGUUGACCAGGAACAUCAAGUUUCAGGGGGAGGUAGAGGACAGCUGCUAUGGGGACAACUUCUGCCAGUAUUUCGACUACGACACGUAUGGAGGACAUCUCAAGAUUCUACCGGGCUUCAAGAACGUGCAUCUGUCUGGUAUCGAGUUCACCCGCAUGGGUCAGCAGGUCCUCGGCAGCUACCCUGUUCACUUCCACAUGGCCGGAGAUGUGGACGAGGUCGGAGGCUACAGCCGCCCAACGUACGUCCGAGAGCUGUCCAUUCACCACUGCUUCUCCCGCUGUGUGACCAUCCAUGGGACUCACGGUCUGCUGGUCCAAGACACAGUUGGGUACGACACACUUGGCCACUGCUUCUUCCUCGAGGACGGAGUGGAGCAGCGUAACGUUCUGGACCACAACCUGGGCCUGGUGACGCGGGCGGGCACGCUCCUUCCCACCGACAGGGACGACAACAUGUGCCGGACCAUGAGGGACGCGGUCUACGGGGACUAUAUUCCGAAGAAUAUUGAAUGUCGGGCAAUAUCUACUUUCUGGAUUGCCCAUCCGAACAACGUCCUGACCAACAAUGCCGCUGCCGGAUCUCCGCAUUCAGGAAUCUGGUACAUCUUCCACCGGGAGCCGACCGGUCCGUCAGCGGGCACCCUCCCGAGGUACCAGGCUGAGAGGACACCCUUAGGACGGUGCUACAAUAACAGAGUACACUCCAAUGGGAUAGAUGGAUUCAAGAUAGACUGGGGAGUCAAGACCACUCCGGCCUCUGCCAAAUCACCGCAGGAAUUCCUUUCAAGAAGCCCUGCACGGUACCAGCCUCACCAGAACGCUGACCUCCUACAGCCACGUGUACCGGCCAUUGUCGAGGGUCUCAUCGCCUUCAAGAACUGGGACGGCGGAGCAUGGAUCCGGGGAGGGGACAUCUGGUUUGACAAAUGCGCAUUCGUGGACAAUGGGAAAGGACUGACACUGGCCAGUGAAGGCCACUUCCCUAACGACGAAGGGUCAAGCCAACAGGUGUGGAACAGCAUCUUCAUCGGAGAGAGUGAGAACGUGGGUACUGCUAGCGGGUCCAGUGUCUGGGGAAUGGGAGGGGUCAAAGCGGUGGAGAGGAGCCUUCCGCAAGCCACAGACUUCCCGUUACGAGGAUUUGAAGUAUACGAUGGCCCCGUCUUAGCUGAAAGUUGUACUUUCAAAAAUUUCGCCGCCGCCACGGAGUACAACCGUUGGAGUAGCGCGAUCGCCUUUAAGUUGAAGAACAACUGGCAAACUGCAACGAAGAGCAACCUAACAGGAAUAAAAUAUGAAAAUGUUCAAACCCGUGCAUUUUUCGGUGGCAAGGACCUGCCCUGGUUUCAGGCAAACGACAAAGACGGGGACAAGACAUCGAUUUUUCACGACGUGGACGGCAGUACCUCCGGUUACCCUGACAGCUAUGUGGUCGCGCAGGGCAAUUAUCUGGUCAGGAACCCGGGAUGUGUGGAAAAGGCUGAGUGGCGAGGGUUCGUAUGCAGUGGGAACUAUGCACAGCUGUUCAUCCAUGCAGAGCAGCCGGCAAACCUGGUGAUGUCGAUGAUCCGUGACGAGUAUCCUGAUCAGCCUCUUACCCUUCAAGGGCCACGUUCACAAAGGGCUAGCGGCAAACAAAAGUACCAGCCCGCUGUGAUGCUGGAGAAGUCCUACACUAUCCACUGGGACGGACGGGCGCCGGCACAGAUCAUCAUCUAUCCCAUUAACUUCGACAGUGGAGACUGGCUCCGGCUGGGACUCUGCUAUCCUCCAGGAACCAUCUUCCGUGUGACUUACCAGCUGGAGAAACGCGAGCCGUACGCUAUCGUUCACGACGAGGAAAUCAACCCCGUGUCAAGCCUGGCUGCUGUUGAAGGUGGAGACGGCAAAAUGUUCUACUUCGAGGAAAGCACCGGCCUACUGUUCCUGAAAGUUCGCGCUCACUACGAUCGGGAAGGCCACAACUACUGUUCAUACGUGGGCUGUGAGAGGAUCGUCAUCUCGGCCACCAUGACAAGUGACGCGGUCAGCGACUGUACGGCAGCAGCUUAUCCUAAGUACAGCCUGACGCCUACAGAGACUGUCCCCAUGCCGAGCUUCCUGAGCAUGGUCAACGAUUGUACUGGAUGUGGUGCUCCGGAGCCCAUCGUCAGCGACGAUAACGUGAAAUAUCUAGAAGUGACCAUCCUGUCCACAGGGAAAGAGGAAAUGAGUCUAGGUCAUAGACCAUUUAUCGAGAUUGACGGAGUCCGGUUUGAUGAUCGUUCCCGUGGAUUCUUGAUGGUAGUCGUUGACGCACUGACUGGCGUCGUGACGCAUCAAGUGGCGUUCAACACCAACAGUCAACCUGACGCCGACGCUGCAAUGGCGAACUUCACACGUAACGACAUCCCACAAAAUUCGAUCGUUCUGAUCACAACACGGUUCAACUGGAGUCGAUAUGCUCAGGAGUGCAUUAUUGCCCUGAAGGAGAUCGGAGUUCAGGAGCCUCUACAUGCUGACUUUGGAGAUAAUUUCGCCAUGGUUGGCUUCAAGGGCACCGUGUGGCCAAGCUGGAUCCAGCAAGUCAACCUGCCGUCCGGUCAGGGUCCGGCACAGAUCUAUAACAAGAUCCCGCUCAUGGGCUGAGCCCACCCAAGAAGCAAAUCCCUUGAAUUCAAGCAAUAAAGACCUUCGGUGAAGUACUAUUUACAAAACGUCUUUGGUGUUCUUAUGUCUUUGGCGCAAAACUUACUUGAUCUGUUUGUUGACGGAUAUGUUUUUGUUCUGCCAUGGAUAGAAAUAAGUGAUUUAUAUGAUGAAGAAUUUUUACACUAUUUUCUUACGU